AGUUGAAUUCUAUAUGAAUGAAAAUACAUUUAAAGAGAGACUAAAAUUAUUUUUCAUUAAAAACCAGAGAUCAAGUUUAAGAAUACGCCUGUUCAAUUUUUCUCUCAAAUUAUUAAGCUGCUUGUUAUACAUAAUCCGAGUACUACUAGAAAGCCCUUCACAAGGAAAUGAAUGGUCUCACAUCUUUUGGGUGAACAGAAGUCUACCUUUAUGGGGCUUACAGGUUUCAGUGGCAUUGAUAAGUCUAUUUGAAACAAUACUUCUUGGUUAUCUUAGUUAUAAGGGAAACAUCUGGGAACAGAUUUUACGAAUACCCUUCAUCUUGGAAAUAAUUAAUGCAGUUCCCUUCAUUAUCUCAAUAUUUUGGCCUUCCUUAAGGAAUCUAUUUGUCCCAGUCUUUCUAAACUGUUGGCUUGCCAAACAUGCCUUGGAAAAUAUGAUCAAUGAUCUACACAGAGCCAUUCAGCGUACACAGUCUGCAAUGUUUAAUCAAGUUUUGAUUUUAAUAUCUACAUUGCUAUGCCUUAUCUUCACCUGCAUUUGUGGGAUCCAGCAUCUGGAACGAAUAGGAAAGAAGCUGAAUCUCUUUGACUCUCUUUAUUUCUGCAUUGUUACAUUUUCUACUGUGGGCUUUGGGGAUGUCACUCCUGAAACAUGGUCCUCCAAGCUUUUCGUUGUUGCUAUGAUUUGUGUUGCCCUGGUGGUUCUCCCCAUACAGUUUGAACAGUUGGCCUAUUUGUGGAUGGAGAGACAAAAGUCAGGUGGAAACUAUAGUCGACAUAGAGCUCAGACUGAAAAGCAUGUUGUCCUGUGUGUCAGCUCCCUGAAGAUUGAUUUACUUAUGGAUUUUCUAAAUGAAUUCUAUGCUCAUCCAAGACUGCAGGAUUAUUAUGUGGUGAUUUUGUGUCCUACUGAAAUGGAUGUGCAAGUUCGUAGGGUGCUGCAGAUUCCAAUGUGGUCCCAAAGAGUUAUCUACCUUCAAGGGUCAGCCCUUAAAGAUCAAGACCUGCUGAGAGCAAAAAUGGAUGAUGCUGAAGCCUGUUUUAUUCUGAGCAGCCGUUGUGAAGUGGAUAGGACAUCAUCUGAUCACCAAACCAUUUUGAGAGCGUGGGCUGUGAAAGAUUUUGCUCCGAAUUGUCCUUUGUAUGUCCAGAUACUAAAGCCUGAAAAUAAAUUCCAUAUCAAAUUUGCGGAUCAUGUUGUCUGUGAAGAAGAGUUUAAAUACGCCAUGUUAGCUUUAAACUGUAUAUGCCCAGCAACAUCUACACUUAUUACACUACUGGUUCAUACCUCUAGAGGGCAAGAAGGCCAGCAAUCACCAGAACAAUGGCAGAAGAUGUACGGUAGAUGCUCUGGGAAUGAAGUCUACCACAUUGUUUUGGAAGAAAGUACAUUUUUUGCUGAAUAUGAAGGAAAGAGUUUUACAUAUGCCUCUUUCCAUGCUCACAAAAAGUUUGGUGUCUGUUUGAUUGGUGUUAGGAGGGAGGAUAAUAAAAACAUUUUGCUGAAUCCAGGUCCUCGAUACAUUAUGAAUUCUACAGACAUAUGUUUUUAUAUUAAUAUUACCAAAGAAGAGAAUUCAGCAUUUAAGAACCAAGAUCAGCAGAGAAAAAGCAAUGUGUCAGGAUCGUUUUAUCAUGGACCUUCCAGAUUACCUGUACAUAGCAUAAUUGCAAGCAUGGGUACUGUGGCUAUAGACUUGCAAGACACAAGUUGUAGAUCAGCAAGUGGGGCUACCCUGUCUCUUCCUACAGAGGGAAGCAAAGAAAUAAGAAGACCAAGCAUUGCUCCUGUUUUAGAGGUUGCAGAUACAUCAUCAAUUCAAACAUGUGACCUUCUAAGUGACCAAUCAGAAGAUGAAACCACACCAGAUGAAGAAAUUUCUUCAAAUUUAGAGUAUGCCAAAGGCUACCCACCUUAUUCUCCAUAUAUAGGAAGUUCACCCACUUUUUGUCAUCUUCUUCAUGAAAAAGUGCCAUUUUGCUGCUUAAGACUAGACAAAAGUUGCCAGCAUAACUACUAUGAGGACGCAAAAGCCUAUGGAUUCAAAAAUAAACUAAUUAUAGUUGCAGCUGAAACAGCUGGAAAUGGACUGUAUAAUUUUAUUGUUCCUCUCAGGGCAUAUUAUAGACCAAAGAAAGAACUUAAUCCCAUAGUACUACUAUUGGAUAACCCCCUAGAUGACUUACUGAAGUGUGGGGUGACCUUUGCUGCCAACAUGGUGGUUGUGGACAAGGAAAGCACCAUGAGUGCUGAGGAAGACUACAUGGCAGAUGCCAAAACCAUUGUGAAUGUCCAGACACUGUUCAGGUUGUUUUCCAGUCUCAGUAUUAUCACAGAGCUUACUCAUCCAGCCAACAUGAGAUUCAUGCAAUUCAGAGCCAAAGACUGUUAUUCUCUUGCUCUUUCAAAACUGGAAAAGAAAGAACGGGAGAGAGGUUCUAAUUUGGCCUUUAUGUUUCGACUGCCUUUUGCUGCCGGGAGGGUGUUCAGCAUCAGCAUGUUGGAUACUCUACUCUAUCAGUCAUUUGUGAAGGAUUAUAUGAUUUCCAUCACUAGACUUCUGUUGGGACUGGACACUACUCCAGGAUCAGGGUUUCUUUGUUCUAUGAAAAUCACUGAGGAUGACUUAUGGAUCAGAACUUAUGCCAGACUUUACCAGAAGUUGUGUUCUUCUACUGGAGAUGUUCCCAUUGGAAUCUAUAGGACUGAGUCUCAGAAACUCACUACAUCAGAGUCUCAAAUAUCUAUCAGUGUAGAAGAGUGGGAGGACACAAAAGACUCCAAAGAACAAGGGCACCACCGCAGCAACCACCGCAACUCAACAUCCAGUGACCAGUCAGACCAUCCCUUGCUACGGAGAAAGAGCAUGCAGUGGGCCAGAAGACUGAGCAGAAAAGGUCCAAAACACUCUGGUAAAACAGCUGAAAAAAUAACCCAGCAGCGACUGAACCUCUACAGGAGGUCAGAAAGACAAGAGCUUGCUGAACUUGUGAAAAAUAGAAUGAAACACUUGGGUCUUUCUACAGUGGGAUAUGAUGAAAUGAAUGAUCAUCAAAGUACUCUCUCCUACAUCCUAAUUAACCCAUCUCCAGACACCAGAAUAGAGGUGAAUGAUGUUGUGUACUUAAUCCGACCAGAUCCACUGGCAUACCUUCCAAACAGUGAACCUAGUAGAAGAAACAGCAUCUGCAACGUCUCUGGUCAAGACUCUCGGGAGGAAACACAGCUUUGACAAGAAAGAAAUAAGAGACUCAGUUUUUUUUCUUACAAGGAUCUUGCUUAUUACAAUAAAAGUGUUACUGGCAUGAAAGAAACCAGAUUGGAAUAUAUUAAAUUCUCUCAUAUUUAAAAGCAUAAUCUAAUCGCUUAGAAAUAUAUAUCAUUUUGAAUCUUAAUGUUCUACUUUUUGGCACUCCCCCUCAUAAUAUUUGAAAGAUAUGAGACGAUUUUGAAAACCGACAUUAAAACAUAAAAAUUUGAAUAUGAUUUUUGUUUUAUAAUAAGCCAAACCAUAUAAAGCUGAUAUUUAAAAGUCGUAAGAUUUUAUGAAAGCCGACUAAAAUCUAACUCUAUUUGGUGCAUCAUGAUGGACAUAGGAGAUUGCUGCUCCCCUUCAAAAUUAAAUGUCGUAUUAUAUUUUCUUUUUUUGGUUCUUUAUAAAAUUUAGCUUAUCCUCAAUGUCUAGGCUUCUCUCCGGAGAGACUGACCAACAAACUUGUAGGGCUGACUUUUGUGUAACAAUGAUAGUUUGCAUUAGAAUAUAAAUCAUUAAGUCAUUUUAACCAUUUUUAUCUGCUCUUUAUACAUCACAAUCACAUUCAUUUUAGAAUUUGAGCAUGUUUUAGUAUGCUAAAGAAACUAAUAUAUAAACAAAAAGAAAUAUUACAUGCUAGAGCUUCUUGGUAACUUUAUGCCUAGCACACAUUUUAUGCCAAGAACAGUGCAUAGCACAAUGCCUAGCACACAGAAAAUACUCAGUACAGAUUUGUUGACUUAAUUUUAAUCCAAGAACUGAAAUAAUGCCUGGGUUUCUUGAAAUAUAAAGUAAUUUUCAUCAAACUUUUGAGUUAUAACAUUUUUUCAUCUAUUCAUAUAAUUUCAUUAGGAAACUACUUUAAAGUUGACAAAAAAACAAAAAAACUUAUGCCUUUCAUGGAGUAUAAAGAUAUUUCAAAAGUUAAAAGUCCUCCUUAUGUCUUUAAUAUUAAAAUAAUCACACUCCAGAGAUGGUGUAUUAAUUUGCUUUAAUUUUGAAAAAUUGUCUAAAGGAAUACAUUUUAACACUAUAAGAGAAAAGCAUAAAAUAAAAAUACAGAGUUAUCCUUUAAAUUUGAUAUAAUUCAUGAAAAGUUUGAUGGUUACAAAUUUAAAUAUAAAUUGUUCUUUGCUGACACCUUGCAGUAUUGUUUUAUUUUCAUACCAAUAUAGACCAAAAAGCACAAGAGAAUCAAUACAUAGUAUAUGUUAAAAUAUUCCUAUGCACAAGAGAUCGACAAAUUUUUAAAAACAUAUUUUCCUCUAAUUUUGCAUUUUUGUUUGUUUUGAAUUUGACAUUAAGUUUUAGUUCAACAAAAAAUAGGACAUAUAAGUCUAGAAAGAGAUAUUUUGUCCUUAUUAUGAAGCAGACUAAUCAAAAUAAAAACUAACUUUUACAAAUGUCUAAUGCUCUCUCAAUAAAUCUAUAGACAUUAAAGAUCAUAACCACUGUAUGAUUAAUUUGGCUUAUAAAAUAUGAAAUGUCUUUUCUGUAGAAUUGUACAUUAUCCACAUUUUAGAAUAAGAAGAACAUGAAGAAUUUCCCCUAAAACAGAGAAAACCUAUAUUUGAUCAGAGACGUAGAAUUUAUAACAAGUUACUUAAAACUGGGAGCAUGCCUUAAAAUGCAAAGAUUGUAUGCAUAUAUAUGUGUAUAUGUUAUAAACAUGUGAAAUAUAUUUGGCAAACAUGGAUUUACAUAUAAAUUGUUAAAACUGAAGGCAGAAUUGAACUAAUACAUGUAAAGGAGAAAAAUAAUGAAUGUAAUGACCUGGUUUCAUAGUUACACAUUAUAUAGUCCAGCAUAAUGUUUCUUUGAAUUGAUUUUUUUUUUAUUCCAUGACAUUUAUUUUUAGGAACAACAUUAGAUUUAACAAAUCUUUAUUUCCCCACAGAUCUGAAGUUUAGUAUUUUUGUGACAGUGUCAAGAGUAGGAUUUUAAGCUAGGACAUAAUUAUAUUUCCUAUGUAGCUAAGAAUUUUGUUUCAUAAAUUUUAAAAUAAUUAUUUUUGACUAUGACUAUUAGUCCAAAUUUAAUAUUUGACACAAUUCAUAUCAGCUUGCUAUAAUAAUGAUAGUUUAUUAGUCUAUAUGAUGUUCAAAGAAUAAAAAAAUGCUUAUAAAAAGACUUUUAACGGACGGUUGCCUUUUUAAAAUAAUUAUACUUGCACAUGAAAAUAAAACAUAAAGUCAAUAAUAGUCUUUGUAGCCCUAUGGGAUUUGGUUCUGUUUUGUCUAUUUAUCAUUUUGCUACUAGUUACAUUGAGUUGCUUUAAAAUAAAUAAUAAACUUAUUUCUGAUGAAA